UUUUUUCUUUUAUCUCUCGCACUAGCGGCAACGGGACGCCUAUCAAGCACAACAACAUUCAUUAUAGAAACCCAGAAUACAACAAUGUGAAUUGACGUUUUUGCGUGUUUCCUACCUUUGAGUCGCUAUGUCUUGGUCGUCCGUUUCUGCCCGCUGCAGAAAUGCUUCGGGCGUAAGAGGUGCGUCGCAAACCUACCUGCACAAAAGUCGCCUCGUUCCUGCAUGCGGGAGGUCGACUUCCGGUGGCAGCCUGCCCUCGCGCCUACGUGGAACAGCACUAAGUGAUAGCAAACGGCACCCAGCAUCAGAUCGCCAACAAGCCCGACACUACGGGUUCGGGUCUUUUCACAAAGCAGAGCUACUUCCUGGCGCUUUGCCAACGCGACAGUUUUCGCCGAUAAAGCCAGCGUAUGGGCUCUAUCCAGAGCUCUUGUCGGGGACGACCUUCACCGCGCCGCGCGCGAAGAACCGUUACACGUGGAUGUACCGAUGCAGACCCAGUGUGAAGCACGAUGGCCAGUACCAAAAUGGAGAUCACAAGCUUGCGAAAGCAGUGGCAAAUCACCGAUGGACGACUCGACCUGCGAUGAAUCCGACAUCGCCGUCGCAGUUUCGCUUUCCCAGGCUCGAGGUACAGUGAAUCGAUCUUCUUCUUUGCAGGAUAGAGAACAAAAAGUGGCGUGCUUGACAGUUGCUUGUAUGGAUUUAUUUGCAUCAGUGUGAAUCAAAAGCUAGACGCCAAAUGAACUGUUACAGGAGCCCCGCGGUCUGACGUGUGACUUUUUGGACGGCAUGGUAACUUUGGCUGUGAACGGUUCAGGCGAAAAGCAGCAGGGGGCCGCGGCUUCGGUGUAUUCUUGUACGCAAUCCAUGACGCGGGUUUUUCGGAAUCACGAUGCAGAGAUGAUGAUAAUUCCGCAAAGCGGAAAUCUCUGUGUGCGCACGGAGCUUGGAGUGCUGAGACUAGAGCCAUCGGUAUAAAGACAUAGGGAGUUGAUUUUCUUUCCACUCGGAGUGGGCCUGAAACGCGUUAGAAUGGCGGGAAUGAUUGUCGUCACUUUUCCCAUCGGCACGCAAUCCAAUAGAUGACUCAUUCAUUUAAAUUCAGGAAUUCGCUUUGAUUCCUCGCGGGAUGGUGUUUCGCGUGGAGAUCGAUGGCGACGCCGCUGAGGGAUACGUUUUGGAAAACUUCGGCGCUCUGUUCCAAUUGCCCGAACUGGGCCCAAUCGGGAUCAGCAGUGGUCUUGCGCACCCGAGGCACUUUGUCCCGGCCGAGCUCGAGGGCAACAAGGAACUCGCUCUCGACAACGCUAGCAAAAGGCUACCGCAGCCAACCGAGAUCAUUUCCAAGUUUCAGGACAGUUUUUUCGAAGCAAAAACGGAGUUCAACGCGUUUGACGUGGUCGCGUACUACGGGAACUACAUUCCUGUCAAGUACGAUCUGCGGGAUUUCAUGGCGAUAAAUUAGACCAGAAAAUCGGACGAAGUACAUACUUUUUCGCGCACCCGCUGGCAUGGCGGGCCACUUUCGUUUCGCUUUGAGGGCGGCGGGAUGCCCUUGCAACACACCCGGCCCGAGGAACUCGCUGCGCCAUGCAGCGGCCCGGGCGUUGUGGCUUGUCAAAGAGAGCCGGGGCGGCCUCCCGGCCUCGAAGCCCGCCCAGAGCGAGAAGCGCCGCCCCGCCAAGCGGCUUCCCCCCGGGCCUUUCCCUGUCGGGGCGAUGCGCCACCGCCAUGUUUUUUGCCGGAAGCACAUGGGCCUGCUUGCCGUAAAGGAGGGGCCGGCCGCCGAAGCAGUAGAGCGCGCGCCCCUUGGGUUGGGCCUGCUUCGGCCCAAGCCACCGCCCCCCAAGUUGGGGGUAAUGAUGGGGGGGCCCGGAAGGCGCGCGCGCCCCCCCCCUCUGGGGGGGGGGUAAACAGAGGGCAGAAUUGGGGCAAUUCUGCCCCCUUUUUUAGGGGGGGGCAAAAAAUGGCCUUCCCCCGAUGCUACAGGGGGGGAGCAAAAUGGCCCAGAACCGGGCACAUUUUACCCCCCCCCAAAAGAAGGGCGAAUUGGGCCAAUUCGGCCCCCCCUUUUCCCCCCCGGAAGAAGGGGAGGGCGCGCACGCCUUUCAAGGGGCGUGCAGUUCACCCGCCGGCCGGGGCCCCGGAUGAAGAAGGGCGCGCCGCCAAAGCAAAAGCUUUUCCGGCCCCGGACGGGCUUCGAGUUGGGGCCCCGGGAUGCACGCCGCGUCGGCUGUGCAUCCUCGACUUGAGCCUCGCGCGGGGGCGGGUGGCGAAGUGCUGGCUGCGUGCCGUCGCCUUCCUAUCUAUGUCCGGCCGACCCUCCCCGGCCCCGGCCGCCCCGCCGCAAUGCCGGAGGCUAAUUUUUCCGGGGUAAAGCAGCCCGGAACGCGGUCGCGCCUUCGCGCCCCUCAACUUCUUUCCGCCCGCGACCCCCAUUGCACGGGGAUGCGCAAAAAAACAUGUACUUCGUCCGAUUUUCUGGUCUAAAUAAACACGGUCACCUACGACCACCCGGACCCGAGCAUCGGCAGUGUUUUGUCAAGUUACGCGGACCAGAGUUCCGGCCUUGCGAACAUCGACUUUGUUUGCUUUCCGCCACGGUACGUAGUCGCGGAAAACACCUUCCGGCCGCCGUGGUUUCACCGGAACUUCAUGAGCGAGUUCAUGGGCCUGAUUAUCGGGAGUUACGACGCGAAGAAAGGAUUCUCGCCGGGGGCUAGUUCCAUUCACAACGCGUUUGUCCCGCACGGACCGGACAGGGCCGCGGUGGAGAACGCGAGCGGAAAAGACCCAUUGACCCCCGAAAGAUACGAGAACGCGUUGGCGUUUAUGUGGGAGAGCAAUCGGGUGUGGAAACCCACCGAGUUUGCACUGAAAAUUGUCGACAAGGAAUACCGGAAGGAGUGCGGGUGGAGCGAGAUACCCGACCGUUUCGACCCGAACAACGCACCGCCAGACCCCCAACCACGACCGUUUCAGGGUGGGAGCGGCUGAAUCUAUUUCAGCCUCUGAGUUAGUUUCGUCCGACCGUGUAGAAAAAGUUUCGAAAGCACCACUGACUUUGAUUGCACCGCAGAGGCCAUUUUCUUGAAGCAGAGACACGACGCACUAUGCCCAGGAAUAAAAAGUUCAUGUUCAGAUGCGAGAAGAUGUUUCGAGAAGCAGGAUCCCAUAUGAUGUUCGGCUUCACACUAGUCUAGCUACUGCCUUGCAUUGCGAACAGCAUUUCAAUCUUCUCUGUGAUAGCAGCAACUGAAAUUUGCUGCAUGGCUUUUGGAUCAUCAAGAAACCUUGUCAUUUAUUACAAUGCGCCGUUUGAAAUCCCAGCAGAAAAGACAGAGAUGCUUGGUGACGAUCUUGAAAUCUUUGGCUGUUUUUUUUUGUCAACGCUGGCGUCGUCUUUUUUGGCUCGUGUGAC